AGAUGUUUAGAUAUCCAGUCCUCUAAGUCCACUCUCGUUAAGUAUAGUCAGUGACUUUGGAAGAACUCGUGACAACACCCUAGUGAAUAUCUGAGGUCUAAAGGUAUAAACGGUGGAAUUCUUUACGUUUCUUAAGAGGUUACUAAAAGAUUCCAAUUUGAAUUCUGGACAAUAAAUGAAUAUGGUAUUUAACUGCAUGACUCUAUUGAAAAGCAGUUUCUAAGAAGAGUGAUGAUUUGGGCUAUAUGUUUUUUGCUUCAAAAGAAUUGUGAAAUUGAAACUGAAAGAAAUACGUUAUUGAAUGAUAAUUUAUUUAAAAGCGUAAGGAUUCGCCUUGUUGAACAGGAUUAUUACUCUGUCUAAAUGGAAAACGAAACGGAAAAUCAGUAUACUAAAGACAAGGAUCAGAAUGACCUUUCUAAUAAAGAAACCACACCUCCAUCGUUGUCUUUUCAAGAAAGUACGGAGGGUGACUUCAGUGAACUCAACAGUGACACGGCAGUAAGAAAGCCUUUUACAAAAAUUCGACCCAUUCUGAGUGAUCUCUUCUCAACUCUAGAAGAAAACAUCAACAUUGCAAAGCUAGAUGCUGCGAGGGAGUCACGAGAGUUGCACUUAAAUGAGCUUUUGCUUUCUGAUUCCUCCAUAGGUGACAUUUGGCUUGGCCUUAGUUUCCUAUUUCAUAAUACCUGGCACUCGGCUAUGGCUCUGAUGGAUUCAAAUGUUUUAUAUCCGAUGAAUCCGUCAUACCAUCUUUGGGAAUGCACCCUUGAAACCGGUAAAGUCAUUCAUUUGAACUUGCACGUCUGGCAUUGUAAUUGUCCGCAGUUUACAUACAAUGCUUUCAAAAAUCCUUCGACAUUUUCCCAGGAAAAGUAUCCUAAAAAGUGGGAUCGCUGGGGAGGUGGAUGUGUAUCACCACAUCCACCGUAUUGUGCACAUCUUCUAGCGGCGAGCCUUUAUGCGGCUUGUCGUAGCGUUCCUUUUUGAAACAUCACAAGUAUUCUAUUUUCUAGUAUAAUAAUCUUUCUUGCACGAACGUAUAUUCAUAACAAAAUUUCAUUAAUUUUUAUACAUAUAUGAUUGUAUAUUUAUGUAUAUUGUAUAGUUUUACAAAGGCCUUAAGACCAAGAAAGACAAAUAGGA